CUCAUUCAUAACUUCCCUCCUCUCUCCCCAACUUUCUUUUCCUGUCUCAUUGCUGUUUUUUUCUCUCUCUCUUCUUUCUUUAACACACUAACACACACCAUUUCCUGCCCCAUCCCAUCCCAUGGCUGCAUAGUUCUGGGCUAUCAAAGCAGCCGUUACAAAUUGUUUCUGAUUCCUGGCCUUGGGGGUGUGUGGGCUAAAUAGACACAACCUGCACUGCUUUAGGCCAGAGAAGGCAAAGGAAAAGGAGGGUGGGAGAAACAACUACUCCCGCAAAAUCUGUCCAGUCUUAUAAACAAGGGGAACCAGAUUUGCAAAGGAGAAACCCUAGGACAACAUGAAGGCUUCUCUGUUCCUGCCAGGCUCACUGUUCCUGCUUCUCCUUGUUCAGAUACCUACUUUGCAAGGACAAGCAAUCAAUGACCAAGCUCAGCAGCAACACUGCGGAGAAGAUUCCCUCCCACUAGACUGUGAAGACAUUUAUGAUCAAGGUUCUGAAACGGAUGGUGUGUACCUCAUUUACCCUGCGGGCCCCAACAUCCCAGUGCCUGUAUACUGCGAUAUGACCACUGACGAUGGAAAAUGGACGGUUUUCCAGAAACGCUUCAAUGGUUCAGUCAGUUUCUUUCGGGGCUGGAAUGACUACAAAUUUGGCUUUGGAAGAGCUGAUGGUGAAUAUUGGCUGGGAUUGCAAAAUAUCCAUCUCCUGACCCUCAAGCAGAAGUAUGAACUUCGUGUGGAUCUAGAGGACUUUGAGAACAACACAGCCUUUGCCAAAUACACCGACUUCUCCAUCUCACCGAACGCGAUAAAUGCAGAGGAGGAUGGCUACACACUGCAUGUGUCUGGCUUCACUGAUGGAGGGGCAGGGGACUCACUGUCCUACCACAGUGGCCAGAAGUUCUCUACCUUUGAUCGUGACCAAGACCUUUAUGUGCAGAACUGCGCGGCGCUCUCUUCCGGUGCCUGGUGGUUCAAGAGCUGCCAUUUUUCCAAUCUCAAUGGUUUCUACCUUGGCGGAGCCCAUCUCUCCUAUGCUAAUGGCAUUAACUGGUACCAAUGGAAGGGCUUCUACUAUUCCCUCAAGAGAAGUGAGAUGAAAAUACGUCGUGUCUGAGUACCAAGAUUCAUGACCUCUUCCCAUUCCCCAUGUCAGCAACUACUGGGAAGAUGAUGUAGGAUGGGUUUCCAAUUGUUGAUUAUUUUUUUUAACCCUAUUCAUAUUAUGGCAAGGUAUCCAGAUUUUGGAUUGAUUCAAGUGACUGGAGUUAUGAUGCUAUUAAUACAGUGGCUUACAGGAGUAUUCAACCCCCCUUGACUUUUCCACAUGUUGUUGUGCUACAGCCUGGAACUGAAAUUGAUUUAUUUGGUAAUUUUACCACUUAAAGUAUAGAAAAUACUUAAUAGUGUGAAAGUACAAAAUACUUCUAUUGUGUCACAAAAGUUGAGUAAACAAAAAUAAACUGGUACUUUCUGGCUGCACAAAGCAUUCACUUCCACAUCAAUAUUUGAUAGAAACAUUUCAGUGGCAAUAACUCUUUGUUAGCUUUGCACAUGUGGAUCCUGAAAUUUUUGCCCAUUCUUCUUGACAGAAUUGUCCUAGUUCUGUCAUUUUGGAUGGAGAGCAUUGAUGUACAGCAGUUUACAACUCUUGCAAUAAAUUCUCAAUUGGACUGAAGUAUGGGCUGUGAAUGGGGCAUUAGAAAACAUUCAGCUUUUGUUUUCAAAUCAAUUCAGUUACCUUGGCUCUUUGUUUAAAGUCAUUAUCCACUGUAAGUCCUAGGCCCUCUCCAGACGGGCUUUACGUGACAUCCUCAUCACGUUCUAGAGUUUCCUCGGGGCGCUCCGCCCACAUGAGGCCUAACCCUAGCACGUGACAAGGGUGCAAUCAUGGUGGCCUCCUAUCCUCACGGGGGGCUACCAUUAUUACGUCACAUGCACGCUGCCUCCAAACGGAGUGGCGCGCGUGUGAUGCCCUUGUGCUGUCCCAGGCCGCUUACGGUGGCCUAGGCAUGGCGCUAGAAGGAGCUCUGAAACGGAGCUCCUUCUGGGGGAGUGCCUCGUUCCCGCAGCCAAUAAACUUGGCUGCGGCUCCCAGGGUGUCCUGGGGCAUGAAGCCCCAAGGACACCCCUUUGGGCUGCCGUUGUGGCUGCCAUGGCCCCAAUCCGUUCUUCAACGGAGCGGCUGCAGGCCACCCCAAUGGGGUGGUCUGUAUUCCGCCUCAGUUCUCUUUUAGAAAAUAGGUUUUCUUCUUGAAUUUCCCUGUUUUUGUUUCCCACCAUCUUUCACUCAACUCUGGCCAUUGUCUCAGUCCCUGAUGAGAAAAAAUAUCCACAAAACAUGAUGAUGAUGCCUCACCAUGCUUCACCAUAGGAAAGGUUCUCAGGACAAUGAGAGCAGAUGACUUUUUGGCACCUAUAUAGCAACAAAGCCAAAAUAUUCAGUUUUGGUCUCAUUAGACCAUAGAAACUUUGCUGUGUCUCCCACAUGCCUUUUGGAUGACUCUAAAUAGGCUUUGGUAUGGGUUUAAUCCAGCAGUGGCUUUCUUCUCACCACUUUUCCAUAAAGCUGAGCUUGUGGAACAGCCAGAUGAAAGAUGCCCCACAGAGAUUCUCCCACCUCACUGCAGCUAUCUCCAGCUCCCCCAGAAUUACUGCUGGUCUCUUAGGCCUGGUACAGACGGGCCUUGACACACAUCUUGAUGAUGUGCUAGGGUUGCCUCGGGGUGUCACUUACAGAUGCCCCGCAACUC